AAUGUCGUUUCGUUUGUCAAUCACCAAUCUGAUGAAUUUUUGAAGCCGUCAAAAUUAAAUGGAAUAAUUGAGUUUUUUUAAUACGCCACAGUGCCACAAAUUUCUUAUAAAUAAGAUAAAUUAGGCCUAUUGGGUUAAUCAAGCUUUGGUUUUUGAAUAUAGAAACUGUACAAAAGAGUGAAAACAUGGCUAAAAAGCCGACAGUUCAACCGGCUUUGCACAAAGUUAUCAUGGUAGGAAGUGGAGGUGUUGGAAAAUCCGCCCUCACCCUACAGUUCAUGUAUGAUGAAUUUGUGGAAGAUUAUGAACCAACAAAAGCAGAUUCCUACAGAAAGAAGAUACUGUUGGAUGGUGAAGACGUUCAGAUUGAUAUCCUUGAUACAGCAGGCCAAGAGGACUAUGCUGCAAUCAGAGACAAUUACUUUAGAAGUGGUGAAGGCUUCUUGUGUAUAUUUUCCAUUACUGAAGAUGAAAGUUUUCAAGCUACACAAGAAUUCCGGGAACAAAUACUCAGGGUUAAAAAUGAUGAAAACAUUCCAUUUCUGUUAGUGGGGAAUAAAAGUGAUCUAGAUGAAAGGAGGAAAGUCCCUUUACAAGAAGCUACAGACAGAGCUAAACAGUGGGGAGUCCAAUAUGUUGAGACUUCUGCAAAAACACGGGAACAUGUGGAUAAGGUAUUCUAUGAUCUAAUGCGGGAGAUUCGGGCUAGAAAAAUGGAGGAAAACAAAACAAACAAUGGAAGGGGCAAAGAUAAAAACAAGAAAAAGAAACGUUGCUGUUGUUCAAGAUGGCUAGGAUGUUCAUAAAAACAAAUUGAAAAAUAUUCCUAUAAAUUCAAUUGAUCAGGUUUCAAUUUUAAUUGAAAAGCUAGAUUUUCACCAAGUAUGUUUUUCAAUUAAUCCAAGUCAGUUCAAACACUCCAGAAAUGUUUUCUUAGUAUAGCUUUGAUACAGUAUUGUAAAAAUAGGAAUACCUACACAAGAAAAAUACCAUUUUAUAAAAAAUGAUCCUUAAUAUAUUUAUACAAUUCA